UUAAAUCCAACAUUUUUUAAUCUUUUUUCUCUUUCCAUCUCUCUUUGUACAAUAAAAAACCCUAAUUACACAUUUGUCUCUUUCUUUCCUUUCUCAAAAUCCCUAAAUUUCCAAACCCUAAUUUUGCCCUCCCUCUCUCUCUCAUGGCGACGGCGCGUGAUGAGAGCGGUUUCGGCGCCGGAGGAAAGUUCAAAAAGCGGCCAUUUCGGAGAACCACGCAAUCGACGCCGUACGAUCGCCCUCUUGUAUCGGCGGCUCUUAGAAACCCCGCCAAUGUUAAUAUUAAUAACAAUAAUGGUUGGUUAUCGAAAUUUGUUGAUCCAGCCCAGAGACUCAUUGUUUCGAGCGCGCACCGACUAUUUCGCUCUGUUUUCCGGAAGCGGCUUCCGCCACCGCCACCGGCCCUGUCGGAAGCGCCUGAACCAGUUUCAAUAGGAAAUUAUGAAGCACAGGAAAUGCACCAGGACCUAGUCUCUUCAGAUGGUGUUCAAGAAGCCAUUAAUUGUCAUGAUGGUCCUACUAACAGUCCUGAUAAGGGGCUUAAUGAACUUGAGCAAAUUUUGAAGCGGAAGACUUUCACAAGAUCUGAGUUUGAUCAGUUGAGUGCCCUUUUACAAUCAAGAACCACUGAGAAGCCUCUUGACAAUGAGAAGAACAGGUCCAAAGUGAUCCCUUCAAAUCAACUAGUAUUUCACAAGAAUAAGGAGCCGGUUUUAGAUACUCCUAUUAAAGAGAAUGGGAUUGUGAGCCAGCACAAUUUGACUCCUGUUGUGAGUUCAAGUGUCAUUGAUGAGGAUGUUGCUUCUCCUGCAGAGCUUGCAAAAGCUUACAUGGGAAGUAGGCCUUCUAAAGUAUCCCCUUCAAUGCUAGGCGUGCACGGUCAGGCAUUAAGAGAAGAGUCAACUGUGCUAAACAACAAGGUGUUAUGUUCUGCAUCACCCAUUAUGCCUCUUGUCCCACGAUCAUCAUUUUUGACUUCUAGAUCCCGAGGCAGAUCUGCAAUAUACAAUAUGGCAAAAACACCAUAUUCCCGUAUUCACUCAACCACAACCGUCAAGGGUGUUGAGCAUGCAGUUGACUCUCAUGUUAGACCAUCAUCUUCAGCUCACUACAUCUGGGAGAAUUACAAACUUACUGAACCUCAACAAGUGACUCUAAAACGCCGGAGUUCAGUCAUAGACAACGAUAUGGGCUCUGUUGGUCCUAUACGUAGAAUUCGUCAGAAGCCUAAUCUUCUUACUUCAAGAAACUUAAGCUUGCCAGCUUCUGGAAGCCCUCUCUCCAUGCAUGGAAGUGGUGUUUCUAAUGCUGUUCAACGGCCCUUCUCUUUGAUACAGAAGCCACAGCUAUCUGAUGAAGAGAAGCAAAAAGUUACAAAAAUGUUAACAGAAAAUGGGGAUAACAACAUUUCUAGUACGGGUUUUCCCCCUGUUCCCUCCAAGUCCAGUGAGACAGCUUUUAAAAUACUGCAGCAACUUGAUAAGUUGGUUUCUUCAAGGGAUAAAUCACCCACAAAGUUGUCACCAUCAAUGCUGCAUGGACCAGCUCUUAAAAGCCUGGAAAAAGUUGAUUCAUCAGUAUUUUUGGAAAAUGUACAAGAUAAUAAUAGGUCAGGUGGUUCACUCGACACCUCGUUACCUGAUGUUAGAGAUUCUAUGUCCCAAAAACAAGAUAAGGUUGAAGAAAAUGGCCCAACUAAGUUUAUUUCUCUUUUUGACAAAUCUCUUUCUGUUCUGAAUGGGUUAGAUGCUGCUGGUGUUGUAAAGGAGGAUGUGCCUAGCACUAAAACUACAGAUUCUGCUUUGACAAACUCCAUUGUGCAUCCUGUUCCACAGAAGAAACGAGGUUUCCAUAUGAGUGCACAUGAGGACUAUGUAGAGCUAGAUGAUGAUGAUUAUUCUAAUGGGACUGAAUCUACUCCUUUGAUGAAAGGGAAGGAUAAACUGGAUGCCCCUGUGGUCGAGAAUAAGUCUGAUGCUGAUGAAGCAACUACAGAGGAGAAGUCUCCAGCACUUUUUGAAGUUAAGACCCCAAAUUCUGUUUUGAACAAAAUGUCUGAUAUCGGAACUCAUGAUAGAUCUGUAGUUGCCGAAAAGAAUUUUCUAUUUACUUUCCCAACUGCACCUCCCUCCAGCAUUGCUGGACAGACAACUGUGGUAGCUGCUCCAUCAACCUCGACUUCUACUAAAGCAACUUUACCACAUGAACCGAGUGCUGCUUCUAUAUUUGGCUUUGGAGAAAAACUUACUUCACUAAAGGAUUCAAAUGUUGUUUCUCCCACAUUUGGAACUAGCAAAACAAAUGUCGAUAAGGCACCAGAGUUUACUAUAACAUCUGCAACAUCAGUAUUCAAUGAAUCUUCUAGACCAAAAUUUGAAACUCAUUCGAAAGAAGAGCCAGAAAGCUUAAAAAGCUUUAGUUCCAUCCCUGUUGUAGCAACUGAUUCUGCUCCAAAAGUGCCUGAAUCAGAUAAAGCUGACAAUGGAACUAUUCCAAAAUCUGGAAUCAUUGCAAGAACACCUGAAACUGAACUUCCUUCAACUUCAUCUACAUUAUUGUCAACAGCUAGUAUAUUCUCCCAGCCGGCUAGUAGUUCAAGUUUAAAUAAUGGGUCUCCUGCUUCAAGUCCAACUUCAACCUCUUCCCCCAUUCCACCUCUUGUUUCCAUUUCUGGAAUCAAUCAGAACUCAUUUAAUAAUGCUAAUUCAGUUGUUUCCAUCAACCACAGUGCCUAUCCCACAACCUCUACAGCAACUACAACAACUUCUGUGGCUGCUUCUGCCCCUGUUUUCAACUUUGGAGCUUCAGCAGUUACACCUACAUCAGUCUCACCAACAUUGGCACAGUCUGGUGUUGAAUCAACAGAAAAGAUCAAGGAGCCCACCUUUGGUAAUUCUACCAGUAUGCUUUUUGGGGAGACAUCAACUUUUGCAAGCACAGGAAAUAACACUUCUAGCAGCACAUCAUUGGCAGCAAUUGGCUCAGGAAGUAGCAUUUUUGGCAGUACACCAUCAGCAAGCAGUGGAAGCAGCAUUUUUGGUGCUGUAACUCCACCUAUUGCAAGCAAAGGAAGUAGUAUUUUUGGUGGUACAUCUUCUGCAAUCCCAAGCACUGGAAGUGGCAUAUUUGGAUUCAGUGCUGGAGCUACUUCUUCUGCUUCCACCAACCAGGCUCAAGUUUCUAACCCUUUCAGUGUUGGAAGUGCUCAGGCAUCUGAAAAUGCAGCUAGUAUUGCAACUUCAACUCAGACCCCUAAUCAAUAUGGAUCAACUUUGUCAUCUACAUCAUUCGGGUUGGCCGGGACUUCUGCCUUUUCCUCUGGCAGUUCUUUAUUUGGCUCCUCAACUUUUGGUUCAACUCCUACAUUUGGAUUGAAUUCCACUUCUUCAUCGGAGGCCAACACAAUCAGCUCCACUAGCGGCCCUACUAACACUGUUUUUGGUUCCAGUUGGCAAGCCCCUAAGACACCCUCAUUUGCUUCAACAUUCAACUCUUCGUCUCCCUCGACUGGGUUUCAGUUUGGAGCAUCAGCUUCAUCUGCUGCUACUAGCAGUGCUUCUUUGUUUGGGUCAUCCACAAAUACCACAUCAAGUUCCAUUUUCCCGUUUUCUUCUUCUGUUGCAGCAGCCACGUCAUCCCAACCUGGCUUUGGGAAUUCAGGUUCUGUGUUUGCAUUUGGUUCCACUUCCUCAAACAAUAAUAAUGAUCAAAUGGGUAUGGAAGACAGCAUGGCUGAGGACACAGUUCAGGCAUCCACACCUGCAGUGCCUUUCUUUGGUCAACAACCCAUGACACCCUCGACUGGUUUUGUCUUUGGUUCAACGACUCCAUCGGGAGCAAAUCCUUUCCCAUUUGGAAGCCAACAGAACCUCGCCACCCCACAGAACCCUUCUCCGUUUCAAGCUUCUGGUAGUUUAGACUUCAAUGCUGGGGGUAGCUUCUCAUUGGGCAGUGUUGACAAGUCGCAAAGAAAAAUUGUGAAACUCAAGAACAGGCACCGGAAGAAGUAAACGCAACAAUUCUGACAGGUAAUUUGGUUCCCUUUUGGGAGGCCAUGGUUAUUUCAAAUGCUGAAAAAAGUAAUCAAGGACGAGAUUACCAGCAUGAGCCUUGCUGUUGGGGUAAUCACCUAGAAUUGAUUGGCGCUGGCAAAUAUAUGUCAGGCAUCGCGGGGUCUUGAAAUAUGUCGAUCAUGUCUUUCCUUUGCAAGUACCUUCUGGGCAAAAAUUCUAUGGUUGCACUGCCAGGUCAAAGUUGUCACAAUUUUGUAACGGCCUUAUUAGCAAAAUCUACGAGCAUUUGUUGCGUAUUUUAGUUGAUAGGGGGCUGUUGUACCUUGAAUCCUUUUCUGUACUCUUAUAUCAUAUGUAUCAUAAAAGAAAUGGAUAUGAAUUUUAUCUUCUGUCCUCA